CAGCUGUGUUAUAACAGCCAGACGUAAUUAGAAAUUUUAUAAACUACAAGUGAAUCAAGUGAAGAUAUUAAAUAAAGUGAUAAUGUUUAUAGUAGCUAUAACUGGAGGAAUAGCCACUGGUAAAAGUACAGUAAGCCAAGUAUUCCUAGAUAAUGGUAUACCGGUGGUUGAUGCUGACAGAAUAGCCCGUGAAAUCGUUCAACCUGGGACAACAUGUUGGCAUAAGAUACGACAAGUAUUCGGAGAUGAGAUUAUUCUACCAACUAAACAAAUCAAUCGUGAGGCUUUGGGCAAGGCAAUUUUUAAUAACAAAGAGUUACGCGGAAAACUGAAUCAAAUUACACAUCCGGUAAUACAUCGAACCAUAUUCCUACAAGUUUUCAAACAUUUCAUGAGUGGUCGCUCGUGGAUUGUGCUCGAUUUACCCUUGCUUUUCGAAACAGGCAUACUUAUGGAAUUCAUUUAUAAAAUUGUUACCGUGUCAUGUGAGCCUGAGAUCCAAUUAAGCCGACUUAUGCAAAGGAACGAAUAUUCAUUUGAAGAUGCUAAAAAGCGUAUUGACUCGCAAAUGCCAUUAGAGAAGAAAUGUGAACAGUCCCAUUUCGUAAUUGAUAAUUCGGGUAGUAUUGAAGCAACCCGGGAAGCAGCUUUGCGUAUACUGCAGCUAAUGAAUGACUCGAAGCAUCAUUGGCGUAAUCGUGUGACACUUUUGGGUAUAGUGUUGGGACUCGGAUUAGUGAUAUAUUAUUUGAAUAGAAUUUUUAAUUUCUUCUAGGCUUGUUCUUUAAUAAAGUGCACUCCAAAAAAAGCAUAA